CACACACAUACACACACACACACACACACACACUUGAAGUAUUGAUAAAGCUCGAAUCCACGGGAAAGUUCUCAGCGGAACCCGGAGCCGCUUGCCUUCGGAAUAUCAGAUUUCAGCUCGAGAGAAACCUCUUCAGAUCCACACACACACACACACACACACACAGCAGCGCAAUGGGGGAGCAGCCGAUCUUCACCACCAGAGCUCAUGUCUUCCAGAUCGAUCCCUCGACGAAGAAGAACUGGGUUCCCGGCAGCAAACAAGCCGUUACUGUCUCGUACUUCUAUGACAGCACACGCAACAGCUACCGCAUCAUCAGCGUGGACGGGUCAAAGGUCAUCAUCAACAGCACAAUCACCCCCAAUAUGAACUUCACUAAAACCUCACAGAAGUUUGGCCAGUGGGCCGACAGUCGAGCGAACACUGUGUUUGGACUGGGAUUCGCCUCCGAACAACAGCUGGCUAAGUUUGCUGAAAAGUUUCUGGAGGUCAAAGAGGCGGCGAAACUGGCCAGGGAAAAAUCCCAGGAGAAGAUGGAGACGUCGAGUGAGCAGUCGCAGGAAUCAGGCCGUGAAACUCCUUCGGGAAAACAGGCGUCCAGCUUUAACGGAACCGAUGAUGAGAAGAUCUCGAUUGGCCCAGAGAACGAGGCGCUGAAGAGUGAGGUGGAGCAGAGUAGGAAGUGUGAGCUGGAGCUGCAGGCGCUGAGGGAGAGUAACGCUCGUCUACAGGAGGUGCUGGAGGAGGAGAGGAUCAGCGCUGAGAACUGGAGGAGUCGAGUGACCCAGAGCCAGGAGGAGGAGAACCAGCUGAGGAACCAGAUCUCAGAGCUGGAGCUGCAGUGUAAAGAGGUGAAUCUAGAGAAAGAGAGAAACGUUCAGCUGACUCGCAGAAUUCAAGAGCUGGAAUCGGACCUGCAGGACAAACAACAGGAGCUUGAGAACUUGUGCAAACAGGCCGAAAUCAUCCCUCAGCUCAUGGCAGAGUGUGAAAACCUCACGGCCAAACUACAGGCUGCAGAACUGAAGAGCCAGGGUCUGAGUGAGAAGCUGAAGCUCCUGCAGGGAGAGGUGGACGGCUCUCAGCACAAACACAAGAACAUGAAGACCGAACUCAAGAAGUUCAUGGACGUUCUGGAUGGGAAGAUUGAUGAGCUGCAUGAAGUUCGUCAGGGCAUUUCUAAACUGGGCGUCGACAACUGAACACGCACACAAACCCACACACACUCUCAUACAGACACACUCUCAUACAG